CUCUGAACCCUGCUCCCGAGAAAAGGGAAAGAUCUUGGCGUUUGAGGCCUCAGGCAGUUCCGUAGCGGAGAGGAGGCGUACGUUGAUUUGCAUCGUCCACCGAUAUGAGGACGGUGCUGCAGCGCAUCAUCCCUGCGGCCUCGACGCCCCGUUCGGUGUGUGUGCGCAACCUGGGCAACGCCGCACGCGGCCCCCCUCUCACGCCAUACAACGUACACUCCCAAUCAAGACACGACGGAAGAGGCGAAAGAGGCUGCGCUCAUCUCGUGUGCCUGUCUGUCUGUGUGGGGAUGGUAUGUGCCUGCAGGUGCCAGCCCACUUCCAGAAUGCGUGUGAUCUGUUCGUGAACCCGUCGAGCAGCUACAGCGGUUGGGUGCAGCAGUGCGAGUCGCUCCGGAUGUUUGUCUUCUGGGGCGUGGUGGCCGGGGUGACCAUCGACCUCAUCACCAACCCACCCAAGUCGUCCUACUGGCUGCGCUACUCGCCUCGCAGAUGGGGCCCCGCACUCAUGGGGAUGUUCUCGGGCGGCAGGGGGGAGGGGCUGUUCCUAGAGGGACCGCUGCCCUUCUCGGUGGACGUGGGGCAGCUCUACAAGACAGAGAUGAACAAGUGAUCAGGCAGAGAGAGAGGGAAGGGAGAGAGAGAGAGGCGAAAGAAACUCUUCGUGUAUCUGGUUUGAUCGUGUGUUUGUGUUUGUGCCGUGGCUGCUCGUUCCCGUCGGGUCGUUGAAGGAGGGCACAAUCGGGUCCAAACGAUUGAUGCCCUUCUCAACGAGUGGGAUGGAACGGGCAGUCUCGGCACACCACGACACACAAAGGAACUCAGGAAAGACUGCGUGUCCCAUUUGGUUGUCUGUCCGGGUUAGGCAAGAGAGGG